AUGUUUCACUCCAGAUUCCUGUUGUUGAUUUUCUUCUUCCUCCUUCUUUCAAACUUCUGUUCUGCUCAUUUUCUCGAUAGCAAGUUAGUCGGUGAGGACUUGUUGUCACUACCUCUUGUCCGUGUUCAACUCACCUACUACCAACAAGACACACGCUCACCGCAAUUGUGGAAGAACGUGUUCUUGUGCGGAACAGAGCUGGAGCAGUUGGAGGAGAUCUACAAGAUACAAUGGGACUUCUCCCACCUAGACAAGGAGUUGCAGAUCACUUUGUUGGGAAAGGUCGGAAAGAUUUGCUGCCAAGAGCUUCAGCCGUCACAUAUGGUCUAUCUCUUUGGAAGCACAGAACCGCAAAUGUUUCCGAUUUCACCGAAUCAAACGACGGUGAUUCAUAUUCCCGUGAUCAUCGCAGUGAAGACGGCAGUUUCUCUUCCGGAGAAAGUUGGGUUGAACAGCGUUCAGAUGGUUGAAGAGAAGAUCGUUCCCAUGUCGGAGUACAAGAUGAGUUGGGCACCCUUGGCUGUUCCUCCACUCAAACAACAUCCGCAAGCUGAGACUCCUGAACGCAAGAAGCAGAGGAGGGUUGUGAAUCCGAAGAAAAACAACAUCUGGUGUCUGAGCUGCUCACAGCGGAAAGCAAGGGGAGUUUUGAAGAACCUGAAAGAAGAAAGAACAAGAGCAUUUGAUUAUUGCAUGCCGUAUAUCUUCCUCCCCCACAAGCAAGAGGCGUACACGGAAGAAACAUGUGUUGACAUCAUUUGCGAACUCCCAGGGAGAAAGAACCCUCUUGUAUUCGACUUUGACUGGGAGAUGGAUGAAGUGGAGGAGGUUGUGAAGGAGAAGAAAGAAGAAGAGUCGCUGAAAAAUGCGGUGGCAGCAGCGAAAAAGAAGAUCAAAGAUCAGAAAGAGGCUCUGCGAUCAAGGAUUGAAGAAAUUCCUGACAACGUUCGAAACGCUCUCAAAGAGAUCAAGUUGUACAAGUUCUAUCCCCUCAAUGAAUUGUGUCAGCCGAUGAAGUCGAAGUACAUUAAUCGCUACUACGGGCAAGCAGACGAAGUACUAUGA